AUGUUAUAUCAGCUUGCAGGAGACUGCAGAUUCGUGGAAAAACAACCUCUUGAUGCUGCACCGAUAAUGAAUGACAACCCCCCUUUUUCCGUCAACGAAGCCCACUUGGGCGGCGUCCCGACUCCGAUUCCCGACACGCCCCUGACCAUCAUCUUCCUCGUCCUUUUUACCCUCGCCCUCGUCCUCUCCAUCACCUUCUACCAGCUCGACCGCACCCGCCUCCGUCCCGACGACUACUCCGACGACGGCCCCGACGACGACCCCGACGACCACCGCCACUCCUCCCUCUUCCGCCGGCUGGUGCCCCCUCCUCUCCUCCCCGCCCUACGCGCCGGAUUCAUCCUCACCCGGCUGGCCGCGCUGGCCACCCGGCUCGUGUGGACCUACCACCCGGGGACGCGCGACCUCGAGAUGGCGUCGACCAUCCUGGCGCCCGCGGGCACCGUGCUGCCGCUGAUCGCCAACGUGCUGCUGGCCCGCCGCUUCCUGCGCGACUACGCCGUCUUCGGCCCGCACCCGGCCGUCGUGCGCUCCGCCCGCGCCGCCGUCUUCUGCGCCGUCGCCGCCCUCGUCAUGGCCGUCAGCGCCCACGCCGACUCGUACUUCACCCGCGAGCCCGAGGAGCUCGACCGCGGCCGCUCCGUCUGGCUCGCCGCCGAGUGCAUCCGCCUCGCCGUCGCCGUGCUGGCCCCGCUGGCCGUCCUCGCCGGCGGCUGGGGCUUGCCGGCCCGGGAGGAGGUCGAGCGGGACAAGCCCCGGUUUGCGGGGCGGGCGGCCAUGAUCUGCGGGGUUGGGGUGCUCCUGACGCUGCAGCAGGGGCUCAGGACGGGUGUCGCGUUCGAGGGGAGGGGUCCGGAGAGCCAAGCGUGGUUCCUGCACAAAGCGGCGUACUACUGCUUCGUGGACCUGAUCGACCUGGCCAUCGUGUGCUGGUUCUUGGUCGCGAGAAUGGAUCCACGGUUCAGGGUGAGACGCCCGACUGCGCUCAUGAAGGAUAAAGAGUCGCCGGAUGGUGCGGGAACGAUGGUGCCGGCGUGGUCCGAGAGCUGGCGGGAUCGCGUGAAUACCGAGAUGGAGGUCUUUGGGAACAGUGGAUGA